CCCAGCCUCCGCCGCCGGCCGCGCGCUUCUCCCGCUCUGCCCGGCGCCAUGGCGGAGCUGCCCGCACCGCCCGCACCGGGGGGCCCGAUCCUGCCGCCGCCGGUCCCCGCCGCGUCCCCGGGGGUCCCGGUCCCGGUCCCGGUCCCGUCGGUCCCCCCCGCGGCGCCCCCGCCGGGCGGUUCGCAGCGCCUCCUCUUCUCGCACGACCUGGUGUCGGGCCGGUACCGGGGCUCGGUGCGCUUCGGCCUGGUGCGCCUGAUCCACGGCGAGGAUUCGGACUCGGAGGAAGAGGAGGCGGCGGGGGGAGGAGGAGGAGGAGGAGGAGGAGGCGGCGGAGGAGGCCGGGGCGGCGGCGGAGGAGGAGGUGGAGGCGGCGGCGGAGGAGCCGCCAGCUCCGGUGGCUCCGAAUCGGGCGGCCCCGGGGCGGGAGGCACGGAGGAAGGCCGGGCCUCCCCGCUGCGGCGGGGCUACGUGCGGGUGCAGUGGUACCCGGAGGGCAUCAAGCAGCACGUCAAGGAGACCAAGCUGAAGCUUGAAGAUCGCUCUGUCGUCCCUCGAGAUGUGGUCAGACACAUGAGCUCCAGCGACAGCCAGUGUGGGACUGUGAUUGAUGUCAACAUAGAGUGUGCUGUGAAGCUGGUGGGAACCAACUGCAUCCUCUACCCUGUCAACAGCAAAGACCUGCAACAUAUCUGGCCCUUCAUGUAUGGUGACUACAUAGCCUAUGACUGCUGGCUGGGCAAGGUCUAUGAUUUGAAGAACCAGGUCAUCCUCAAGCUUUCCAAUGGAGCCAGGUGUUCUAUGAGUACAGAAGAUGGAGCCAAGCUGUAUGACGUUUGUCCUCACGUCAGUGACUCGGGUCUUUUCUUUGAUGAUUCAUAUGGCUUUUAUCCUGGGCAAGUCCUCAUCGGGCCUUCUAAAGUCUUUUCCAGUGUGCAGUGGCUCUCGGGUGUGAAGCCCGUUCUGAGCACAAAAAGCAAGUUCAGAGUGGUGGUGGAAGAGGUGCAGGUGGUAGAACUAAAAGUUACUUGGAUCACUAAAAGCUUUUGUCCUGGAGGUACUGACAGUGUGAGCCCACCCCCCUCUGUGAUCAGCCAGGAGAACCUGUCCAGGGUAAAGCGUCUGGGGUGCUUCGACCGCCAAAGGCAGCUCGGGGAGAGGUGCCUCUAUGUGUUCCCAGACAAAGUGGAGCCUGCAAAAAUCACCUGUGAAUGCCCAGAGAGGAACUGCGUCCUGGGUGAAGGAUCGGUUGCCAAAAAGGUGAGGAGGCUGCUGAAGAAGCAGAUAGUGAAGAUCAUGUCGUGCUCCCCAGAGUCUCAGGGUACCACUGAAGCCCCUGACAAAGAGUCUGCUACAGCCGCUGACCAGAAAGCAGAAGACGUUAAGCCUGGAUCGAAGUGUGAGCUGGAGGACUCUUCCAACAGCGCACCGAGUGCAGGGGAGAGAAAGGAGGAGCAGCCUGAAGAAACGGGGAAAGAGAAAGGGGGAGCAGCAGCGCGACAGCAGCAGCCUCCCUACCUGCUGAAAGACGAGGCAUCGUCUGACUACCGGCUUCAGUCCAUGGAGCAAGAUGCUGAUGACGAGGCAGCCGAUGACACCGAUGAUACUAGCUCUGUCACCUCUUCUGCCAGCUCUACCGCCUCGUCCCAGAGCGGCAGCGGCACCGGCCGCAAGAAGAGCAUCCCCCUCUCUAUCAAAAACCUGAAGCGGAAGCACAAGAAGAAGAAGACCAAGAUUUCAAGAGAGUUUAAGCCAGGAGACAGGGUUGCUGUGGAAGUGGUGACCACGAUGACUUCGGCUGACGUGAUGUGGCAGGAUGGCACCGUGGAGACGAACAUUCGCUCCAAUGAGCUGAUUCCAGUCCAUCAUCUGGACAACAAUGAGUUCUGCCCUGGGGAUUUUGUGGUGGACAAAAGAGCUCAGAGCUCCCAGGACCCCGGCGUAUACGGAGUCGUGCAGUCUGGUGACCAUAUCGGCCGUACCUGCGUGGUGAAGUGGUUCAAGCUGAAAUCCAGCGGGGACGACGUGGAGCUGAUCGGGGAGGAGGAGGACGUGAGUGUGUAUGACAUUGCUGACCAUCCAGACUUUCGCUUCCGCACUACUGACAUUGUGAUUCGCAUCGGCAACUCGGACGGAGCCACAGCUAAGGAAGAUGAGCCUUCGGUCGGACAGGUGGCUCGCGUGGAUGUCAGCAGCAAGGUGGAAGUGGUGUGGGCUGAUAACUCCAAGACUAUCAUUCUGCCUCAGCACUUAUACAACAUUGAGUCGGAAAUCGAGGAGUCAGACUAUGACUCUGUUGACGGCAGCACCAGUGGGGCAUCCUCGGAGUGGGAGGAUGAAAGCGACAGCUGGGAGACAGACAAUGGCCUCAUGGAAGACGACCACCCAAAAAUUGAGGAGUUAGAGCCCGAGGAGCCGGUGGUAGAGGAGGUGAAGAAAGUAGAGGAACAAGUCCAGGGAGCUGUGGCUAUGGCGGUUGCAGAUCUUGCUGCGGAGAAAGCUGGCAAGGACGGAGCCCCAAAGAGCUUCCGGGAACUAAAGGAAGCCAUCAAGAUCCUGGAGAGCCUGAAAAAUAUGACUGUGGAGCAGCUGCUGACUGGUUCUCCCACCUCCCCGACUGUGGAGCUGGAAAAACCCACCCGGGAGAAGAAGUUCUUGGACGAUAUUAAAAAGCUGCAGGAAAAUCUGAAGAAGACCUUGGAUAACGUGGCUAUUGCAGAGGAGGAGAAGAUGGAAGCCAUGGUGGAGACGGAGAAGAAAGAAGAAAAAGCCGAGGCGCAGACACCGGUGAGGUCGGAGUGGCCCAGUGAGACACCGGUGCUCUGCCAGCAGAGCGGGGGCAAGCCUGGAGUCACCUUCACCAGUGCUAAGGGAGAAGUCUUCUCCGUGCUGGAGUAUGCUCCAGACAGCCAUGCUUUCAAGAAAAUGGAGUUCCAGCCCCCAGAAGCAAAGAAGUUCUUUAGCACUGUGCGGAAAGAAAUGGCUCUCCUGGCCACCUCCCUGCCAGACGGCAUCAUGGUUAAAACCUUCGAGGAUCGAAUGGAUCUCUUCUCAGCACUUAUCAAAGGACCCACGCGCACGCCCUACGAAGAUGGCCUCUUCCUCUUCGACAUCCAGCUCCCCAACAUCUACCCUGCUGUCCCGCCUCUCUUUCGCUACCUCUCGCAGUGCAGCGGGAGGCUGAACCCCAACCUCUACGACAACGGCAAAGUGUGCGUCAGCCUCCUGGGGACGUGGAUUGGCAAGGGGACGGAAAGGUGGACCAGUAAAUCCAGCCUCCUUCAAGUACUCAUCUCCAUCCAAGGUCUUAUCUUAGUGAACGAGCCCUAUUACAAUGAGGCAGGCUUUGACAGCGACCGGGGCCUUCAGGAGGGCUACGAGAACAGUCGCUGCUACAACGAGAUGACCCUGAUCCGCGUGGUGCAGUCCAUGAUGCAGCUGCUGCGCCGGCCGGUGGAAGUCUUUGAGCACGAAAUCCGCGAGCAUUUUCGCUGCAACGGCUGGCGCCUGGUGUCCCGCAUCGAGUCCUGGCUGGAGACGAACGAGCUGGUGGAGAGGAGUCACGAACAGGCCAACGGGGCGGAUUCUGCCUCCCUCCUCUCCGCCUGCGGCACCCUGGCCGAGAGCCCCGGAGACAGUGCGGGAUCGCCGGGGGAGUACGGCAGCUCGGCGGAGCAGGGGGCAGCAGCCGAGCUUUCUGACUCGGCGCUCGACGGGAAGGAGGAGCUGGACGACUCGGAGUUCACGACCUCGACGCCCAACGCCGGUGAUCUCCAACAGUACUCAGACUCGGAGAGCACGGGCCAAGCCAGGGGGUCAGACCUGGCCAGAGACCGAACGGACGAGGGGAAGGCUGCCCAGGACUCUGCCUCGCAGCCUAGCGUGAAACCAAAGAAAAGGAGAAAGAGCUACAGGAGUUUCCUUCCGGAGAAGAGCGGUUACCCCGAUAUUGGGUUCCCCCUCUUCCCUUUGUCCAAGGGGUUCAUUAAGAGCAUCCGUGGUGUCUUGCAGCAGUACCGGGCUGCCUUAGCAGGGGCCAAUAUCCCGGAGUGGACAGAGGACAAAUAAACCAUCAGGUUAGGGACAGGCAGGUGCAGGGGAGAAGGGAAAGCAGCAGAAAGGAAAUUGGCAAACGCUGUUACCAGUAAACUGGCUUCUCCUUCCAGCUUUUCUUCCUCAGCUUGGUUUGUUCCAAAGAAGGUGGUAGGCCUGAUUUGCUCCUCCGAGGAAAGGUUGUCUAAGCAUGAAUUUGCCCCCAGCCCUCCUUCCUUCCCCCUGUCCCAUGUACGUGCUCCUCUUACGAGUUUGACCCUGCAAUGGUAAGAUUUGAGACCUGCACAGAAGCAGUCUUGCAGCCACGUUCCCUCUGCACUUUCAUCUUGGGGCACCUUUCCACCCAAAGACUCUUCCCACCCAGCGCUACGCCCAGCGGUCCGUGCUGUUGGGGUUCAGGCCAGGAGAAGGGAUUGCUGUAGUCUGGAAGCGAGGGGCGAUGCCCUCCCACUCUCUCAUUUUUUUCUCUGCAUUACCAUGGGUUUUCUGAAGCCGACCCAAGCUUGGAUGUACUUAGACAUUGGAUUGUGUUUGCAUUGGAGUUGUCUACACCAUACAGAGUUGCUCUAGUCUUAGUUGUUCACCAGUAGCUACGAGGUUCUUCUGAUCAGGACUUGAGAGGCAGAGCAGCGCUCAGCGCCAGUCCCCGUGCUGCCCUGGGGGUGCUGCGGGCUCUCCAUCUGCUCCCGGGGCUUCUGCUCGUUCUUCUGGAAUCGGAUCCAGCCACCCACACUCUUUAUUCUCCAGAGUAAGGCAGACUUCCCCUUCCCUACCAUGCAUGCCUGACUUCUAGAAGUAAUGGGAUCCGGGGUUCUGCCCUCGUUACUUGCUUAGGUAUCUGAAUCUUUUGUUCCAGCCAGCCCGGCUGCCACGCGGCGCUGCGCGUGCCCCAGUCCUCAGCCCCACGUGGGGAGGUGGUAGCGAGCGAUCUCGGGGCCCGUUGCAGAUCUCUGGCAGCUCGUCUGGCUGGUGAGCCUGGCACGACUGCUGCUUCUCCAUCCCUGGGCUGCAGGUGGGUGUUUGGGAGCUGUUUGAGGCAGGGUCACCCAAAGGGAAGGAGCUGGCGCGUUGCGGCGAGGCCCCGUUGCAGCAGCAGUUGGGGACGGUUCCUGUGCCGUUACUCACCCAGUAACGAGCACGGCGGGCACUGGUGUGGGCUGUUAUCAGCUCCUCCCCUGGCCAGCUGUUUCCUGCGAUGGCCUGGAUGUGCCGAGGCUGGUAGCAGUGUGGGUACAGCACAUACCCCCUUCAUCUCUGCCGCAGUGCUCCCUAGGAAGCAGCCGCGCUGCAGCAGCAGCAGCUCCUGAGCUGGUGACCUUCAGCACUUUGAGGCAGGGGCUUGCCAGAGCCAGUGUCCUGGCCGAGGCACCUUGCUGAAGCCUCUUUCUGGGUGUGCACGCCUUUAUUUUCACUUCUGGAGCUCAGCAGGUCGCACUCUAGCACUGCUGCAUUUGCCCAAUGCCACGGCGUUGGAGAACCCUCAGCAUCCCUGCGGAGCACAGCGUGUCCUUCCAGCUGGGCGCUGCUUCCCCGGGAGGGAGUCAGGCUGGGCGUUCAGGACAGAGACAAAUCCUUCCCUUACUCGAGCUCAACGUGACUGCGUCCCCUUCCCUCCACCCUGGCCAGGAUCUGGCCUCAUUUAGAAACCCCGAAGAGCAGCCCGAUCUCGGCAUGUUUGCGCAGUGCUUCCUGCUACUUGAAACCCCAGGGUCGGAACCCACUGGCCUGCAGCCUCCUGCCCCCGUCGUGCCCCGGAGCCUGCCUGGAGGCGCAGGCUGGCUGCACCGAGCCCUCUCUGUGUCAUGUCCCCUGCCAGGGUUUGCCAGGGCCUGUCCCGGAGCUCCAGAAGGAAGCGGGGCUUGGCUGCGAACACCGCUCUUGCAGGUGGGUCGCCAGCGCCCUGCUCCGGUGCCGGCAGCCCUGGGGGCCUGGCAGGCAGGGGGUCUGCCAGAGGGUCUGCAGGGCCCGGGGAGCUGCUCUGAGCCCCGGGCAGGGCAGCCUGAAGUGCAGGCGUACCUCAGGGCUGCUUUCUGGUGCUGAGCGAAUGAAUCCCUUUGGGAGUGAGAAGGGGCAUCUCCAAAACACAAAGGGCUGACUGGGGCAGGAGGGUGAGGCUGUGUUUCAGGGCAGGGGAGGCAGCCAGAGAGGCUCGUUCCACGAUUAAACCUCUUGCUCACCAGGCAAAGUUGCAGUUGGUGACCUGCAGGCACCGACUCCCCUCGCCCCCCGUUCCCCUUGCCGCGCUGUGGCUGCCCUGACCCCGCUCCAUCCAGGGCCAGGAGGGAGCUCUGGCCACUCUUUGUUGGAAACAGCAGGGCAGAGAGAGAGAAAACCCUUUAGGGCCAGACGUGGCUGGGGUGGAGAGGCCGAGGAGCUCUGCAAUUUCUUGCUUCACCCUCCCUUCACUCCCUGCAGCUCAUCUCACGGGGAAGCGGUGGGCAGGGGUUGGCGCGAGCACGGGGGUGGCCGGGAUUCGCGCCCCAGGUCCUCCCCUGUGCCCAAGAAGUCUCCUCGUUGUCCUCCGAUCGUAACCAAGAGCUUUUGCACAGGUUCCUGGGGCUUCCCACCAGGGAAGGUGCGUGCUGGCCUGCUGGAAGGGGACGCUGCUCCCCGCUGCCCCUCGCAUCGCUCUCCGUAGCCGGUGUCCCACCCCGAGGCGUGCACGGAGGUUUACAGAUUUUCUAAGCUUUUGAUAAUGUGAAGCUCCUGGGUGACGAGGUUGGUGGUGAGCACACUGCAGCUAUGUAAUUUUUUUGUGUAUGUAUGUAAUAUUUAAGGGUAACAAAAUUUAAAAGGCUAAAACCUUAAAGAAAAAAAAAGUAAAAACACAAAAAAAGCCAAAGCAUGAUGCAUAUUGUUAGCCUUAAAACUGGCUACACGACUGUGUGAUGUACAAAUAAGAACAGCCUGUAACUGUUUUAAGUGCUGGGGUUGGGGAAGAAGCAUUACAAAAUCAGUUUGUAGCCUUGAUUCUGUACAGUAUUUAAAUGAAAAGAAAAAAAAAACCCACGACCUGACUAUUGAGGCCAUGCUUAGAGGUGUGUCGUUCACGUGCAGAUGUGGAUGCUUGGUUGCUUAUGAUAUAUGUAUAAAGUGCUGUGUGACCAUUAAAACUUUUUUUACCUGCAGAUUUUUUUUUUUUUCGUUUGGCUAACCAAGGUGUAAUAAAGGAGGGAAGAUGACUUGCCAUUAAAUUUUGCCUCUGUGAGUA